AUGGAGAAGUGUGUUGUUGUGGGUGAUGGUGCUGUUGGUAAAACAUGCCUCCUGAUAUCCUACACGACAAACAAAUUUCCAUUCAAAUAUGUACUAACUGUUUUUGACAACUAUGCAGUCACAGUUAUGAUUGGUGGAGAGCCAUAUACUCUUGGACUUUUUGAUACUGCAGGGCAAGAGGAUUAUGAUAGAUUACGACCGCUGAGUUAUCCACAAACAGAUGUAUUUAUAGUCUGUUUUUCAGUGGUCUCUCUGUCCUCAUUUGAAAAUGUGAAAGAAAAGUGGGUGCCUGAGAUAACUCACCACUGUCCAAAGACUCCUUUCUUGCUUGUGGGGACCCAAACUGAACUCAGAGAUGACCCAUCUACUAUUGAGAAACUUGCCAACAAACAGAAGCCUAUCACUCCAGAGACUGCUGAAAAGCUGGGCCGUGACCUGAAGGCUGUCAAGUGUGUGGAGUGUUGUGCACUCACACAGAAAGGCCUAAAGAAUGUGUUUGAUGAAGCAAUAUUGGCUGCCCUGGAACCUCCAGAACCGAAGAACAGCUGCAGGUGUGUGCUGCUAUGA